AUGGAUCCUGCGUCGCAUCUCCUUGGCAUGCCUCUAAAGACAAAUACGCCUACGAAGGAGGCGGGAGAUGCAUUGGACCCGGGACGCACAUGCUUAUUGAAGAUCCCAUUCCGAUCGUCCUCGGAGGCUGGUCGGCGCCGGGCAAGUCUUCCUCCACCAGUCUUCCUCGGGCAGCCGCGUCGUCGACGAUUCCCUCUCUUCACUCCAUCCUCAUGGAUCCCCUCUCCGUCUCCACAAAAGCGCCCCUCGCCCCCUGAACCCAUGGAGACCCACCACGGCCAUGGCCACGGCCACGGCCACGGCCACGCCGUCCCCGAGGAGGUGCGACGCCGUCGCCUCUCCUACAAGAAGCGGGACUCGUUUUUCGGCACGAGCUACGAGAGCGCCAUCCGGCGGCCCUCCCAGGUCUCCGUCUCGCCCAGGGGGAACUGGGGCAGCAAGUGGGAGUUUUUGCUCUCCUGCAUCGGGCUGUCCGUCGGGAUCGGCAACGUCUGGAGGUUUCCCUAUCUCGCCUAUCAGAACGGAGGAGGAGCGUUCCUGAUCCCGUAUCUGAUCAUGCUGGUCCUCGCCGGGAAGCCCAUGUACUUCAUGGAAUUGGCCUUCGGUCAGUUCGCCGGGGUGGUGUACUUCGCGGCGACCUUCCCCUACGUCAUCCUCAUCACUCUAUUGAUCACGGGGUUGCUGCAGAAGGGGGCGAUGGGCGGGAUCCUCUACUUCAUCACUCCGUCGUGGGACAAGCUUCUCGACAUCAACGUUUGGAGGGCGGCGGCCGGUCAGAUGUUCUUCUCUCUCAGCGUCUCCAUGGGAGGGCUCAUCAUGUACUCCAGUUACAACGACUUUCGUAACGACGUCUACAGGGAUGCGAUGGUCGUGAGCGUGCUGGACACGGCGACGUCGAUCAUGGCCGGGAUGGUCAUCUUCUCCAUCCUGGGGGCGAAGGCGUACGAGUUGGACAUCCCGAUCGAGAAGGUGGUGAGCGAUGGGCCGGGCCUGGCGUUCGUCGCGUAUCCGGAGGCGCUGCUGCGUCUUCCGCUGCCGCAGCUCUGGGCGGUGCUCUUCUUCGCCAUGCUGUUCAUUCUUGGGCUCGAUAGCGAGGUCUGCUUCCUUCGCUUUUCCUUUCAUUUGUGA